GCGCGAGAUCAGUUUCUCGCAGUUCUCCGCUAGUCGUGACGGAAAACGGUUCGCUGCAAUUGACUGCAUUCCUGCCGCGCGUUUUCGUGUAGAAGACAGAAGCACGCUAGAAUUUUAUCAGUGCUCAUCAUCAAAAGGACAACUUUGAUCAACUUAACGUUAUCGAACAAAACUAUACUGCAGAAUAUAAAAUAAGAAGCCCCUGGAUAAACAACAUUAAAACAAUGAAACUGCCUGUUCUUUUCAUGCUUUUGUAUUGCUUUUGCAUCGAUAUCAGUCACACCAGAGAAAUAACUCAUGAAGAUAUUAAGGAUGCUAUGUUGAGUUUAGUACACAUGAUGCGAGAAAACACGGAGAAGUUAGAGAGGCACGAGGCGAGAGAACGGCAGCUGGGUGAGCAAUUAAAAAAGACAAUAACUAUCCUGACGAAACGUGUGUCGAUUGUAGAUAGUUUAAAGUUGCAGCUAACUAAAGUAGAAGAGAGGAUUUCAGGAAUAGAACAUUUGAUUACGCAGAAAGACGAGAGAGAGCGCAUACAGAUGCAAAAAACCGUAGACAAUCUAGAAGACCUGGAGAAUCACUUGGAAGGCUGGUUCACGAAUAUUGAAAAUAAAAUAGCGGAGAUAAAUAACCGUGCGAAAGUUACAUCCGUCCAUAAUAGUAGUCUUCCUGAUGUUCUUAUCAAAUUAAAUGGCAUAGAGAAUAAUUUGAUAGAAGUGACAAGAUUCAAAGAAAGUCUACAUAAUAACGUAGCAAAAAUGAAUAAAGAAUCGGUUACACUAAUGGAGAAAACCCAUACAAUCUUCUCGGAGGUACAACAUAUAACUUCCAAAAUUGAAAACCUCGAGAGAUCUCUGGAGAAUAUAAAACAGAUGACACAAAACGUUCAAGAAAGACCCUCGGAGCGACAGUUAGAUUUAUCUCCAACCUUUGACAAUCACAUUAAGACUUUAAUGCAAGUACAAGAACUAUUGGAAGACAUUUCUAACAGAUUGCGAGAAUUACCUAGGAUAAAAGAAAUACAAACGAUUCACAACGAGACGCAAGCUAUGCUACAGGAAACUAAGCACGUGUUGAAAGAUACCGUAACACGAGGUAUCGAAGAUAUCGGAGAUAGAAUAAUGGAGGGCAAAGAAGAAACAAAGGACUCGGUGACGGCAUUACGGAUGGAUCUGGCUAACAAUGCAGAACGCGUUAACCAGGAACUACAGACUCUGGAAAAAAGUCAAUCCGUAAUGGUUUCUAUGGCAGAUCAUGUGCUGGACACGAAGAAGAGGGUAGAAUACGGCGUACAUCAGAUUCUACUGGAAGUAGGCGAUUUAGUGAAGACCCAGAGCGUCAAUAUUAAUAGCACUCUUAAUCAAAGAUUCGACGGAAUCUCAAAUGAUAUUAUGAACAAUCAAAAUGGCGCCUUGGGAAAUCUUACCAGCACAAUGGAACAGGAAAUGAACAAAGUUUGGCGACAAAUCAAUGUGAUGUACCAGCAGAUGACUGAAAGCGCUCGAGCUUUAGAUAAGUUACAUCAACAGAAUGAAGUUUAUGUUAAUGGCACUACAUCUACUAUGGGUGGAAUGGAAAACAAGGUAGGCGAAAUAACAAAACGCAUGACAGAGGUGGAUGAGAACUUAAACUAUCUUCUCGGCCGUCUGUCUUUAGUAACACAGGAGUUCAAUCAAAUUAAAACAGGCUUAGGAAAUGCGCUGGAUAACAUCAAGGCUUCUUUUAAAGUGGUACAGGAGAAGACAUUAAAUCUGACUAAUCCAGGUCCUCAUCCACUCCCGGAAAACUAUAAGAACCCGAAUGAAUCCGAAACUAAAAAGCCAGACGUUGUGACCGUAAAGUAAGUCAUUUGACUCUCAGAUCAUCAGGCUUGGGUUAAUUUCAGUUAGCGGAAGACAUCAAUCUUUAGCGAAUUAAUUUCAGGGACUGCCCCUUUCAUCUCAUUAUUAUUUUAAUCGGAGUGUAAUACACUUUAAAUAAAAAAAGGGACAAAAUUUGCCAAUACCGGCAUACAACUUUACUUUUAAAUUGUAUUUUUUAAAUAAAAACUAAAAUUAAAAUUUUAACAACAUAAAAAUUAAAAAAUAUUUUCUAUCAUGAUAUAAGUUUUUAUUAUAUUAUUUUAAAUUUUACAAUAAUUAUUUUAUAAAAUAAAAAAAAUAAGCAUCUGACAAAAUAAAUCCCAAAGCUGACAUAGAUAUAGGUACUAUGAGGCUACAUUUUUCUUUUCUUUUCUUUUAACAUAAAACAUCUAUAUGUAAAAAAUAGUUAAUGUAUACAAAGAUUCUUAGAUUUUCAUUUCCGUAUAAAACAUUUCUGUUUAUUUAUAUAAAUAUCUCGCUGUUCUACAAGAGGCGACAUACAGUGUGACAUUAUAUAAAAAGUAAAUUAAAUUACUUAAUAAAUAACUUAGUAUUUUAUAAAUUACUGUUAGAUAACUUAAUAAAUAGAUCUUCUAAUACUA